AUGCUGGGUCAUGAUCCGCCAGUAGCCUCGCUGGAGCUGGGUGGUAGGUCGGCUUCGGUAGUGGUGCAUGAAGGAGAGGACGUCACCUUCACAUGCAAUGUGGACGCCAACCCACCCUCAUACAAGACUACCUGGUACCUGGCGGAUCGCCCCAUCGCGGAAGGUCCCGGGGUGGAGGUCAGUGUCAGCAGACUGGCGCUCAGCAGUGUUACCAGACACCAGGCGGGCCCUUACACUUGCUCGGCAUCCAACGUGGAAGGUGACGCCCGCAGCACACCGCUCAACCUGACAGUAAACUAUGCACCCGUGUGCGAGGAGCCGCCGUCAGCGGAGACGCGGAAAGUCUACGUGGCAGGAGUGGGCCGGCCGGUAAACGUGAGCUGCGGCGUGCUGGCCUCCCCGCCCUCUGUCAGGUUCUCGUGGGUGUUCAACAACUCGGUGGCCUCAGAACGACUUCCGGGCGACCAGGUAUUCACCACACCAGAUGGGCAAAGUGUGGCGGAGUUUCUUCCCAAGAUACACCAGGACUCGGGGACAUUACAAUGCUGGGCCCAGAACAGCGUGGGGAGGAUGAUGCAACCCUGCCUGUUCGAGGUAGUGCCUGCAGGUCGUCCUGAGCGUCCUGUGUCAUGUGAGGUUGUCAACAAGACGUACGACUCCCUGGGUGUGGCCUGCGCUGCGGGCUUCGACGGAGGACUAAGACAGAGCUUCUCCGCCAGGGUGUUUAAUAGCGUGACGGGCAUCGAGCAGGUGAACGUGACGUCGCACCAGUCUACCUUUACUUUGGAGGGUCUCACACCGGGCCUAGACUACGUGAUUCAGGUGUCGGCGCACAACGACCUCGGAGCCUCGCCAGCCGUCACCCUCGAGGCCUUCACCUACAAGACGGCCGAGAACAGAAUGCGGAAUGAGAAGGUGGAGGAGGUGACGAGCCCCGAGACGGAGGACAGUCGUGGUGGAGGUGGUGCAGGACUUGUGACUCAGGCGGUGCUGGUGUCGGCUGUGGCUGCGGCGGUGGUGUUACUGCUAGCCACGGCGACGGUGGUGGUGCAGUGUGUGAUGAGGAGGGGGAGCCACCACCACCACCACCCUGACCUCACCACUCCCACGGCCACAACGUCUGCUGGAACAAUGGCCAACACUAGAUCUGCCUCGGCUGCGUCCUUCGUCGUGAGUCAGCAGACACACGGGACUUUUGCCGGCGGUCACCGCAGCGCCACGAUGCACACCGAGGUCUCCAUGGAGUUGUCUGACUUGCUGAUGGGAGGAGCAUGUACCCCUCCAACGCCCCCACUGCCCCCCCUGCCGCCCCCUCCCGGCACCCGCAAAUGACAGUUUGCCACGUAUUGCCGGGGAGCGUGUGACCCCCUGGGCCCCCUUGUGGUGCACAGCCACCUCAUCAGGACGCCCUUCCCACCGCCAGCGCCGCCCCUGAUGCCCCCCAAAAUGGCGUGAGGCACAGCCCGCGGGGAUGGUCUUGCACGCCCUGAUGACCCCUGCAAGGACGGGGAACCAGCCACCACCGUCUUUUGUUACUCCCCCGCCAGCUGACCUGACCUGAAUGGUGGAGAAGAAAAAGGAGAAGUGGUGGAGAAGAAAAGGAGAAGAAGAAGAGAAAAUUCAUCAAGAAGUUAUUGUCACUUGCCUCUAAUCCUCGUCGUAACAAAUUGGUCAUCGAAAAUAUGAAAAAUAUGAAUGUGCCGUGCAAAGAUACAUCAAGACUGAGCAGACGGGAACGGAACACGAAAAAGGUGUGUGUAAAUACCUGGGAACCACUCGCCUGCCGCAAUUACCUGUGUGUAACGUGGCGAGGAAAUGUUUAAUUAAAAUACGGUGGCGGUGAACAUUGUUGGCACUCAUGAACUGAAGUGGUAAUGGGGGUGGUUGUUGUGGUGAUAGUGGCUUUGUCUGUGAUUAUAAUGAUGGUGUUGGUUGUGGUGAUGGCGAAAGUUGUGGUGGUGGAUAUGGCCAGUGUGGUAGGGGAAUGUGGUGGUACGAAUUUACAUUUUAAUAACAAUACACAUUUUAAGGGAGUUGUUGUGAUACGAGGAGGUUGUGAUGGAUAUGUUGAUGCUGAUAUUAGGAUUCGUGGAUAGUUUAGUAGUGGUGUGGGUUGGGGGUCGGUCAUAAUGGUGGUGGCUGGGAUAGAAUAGAGAAACGUAACUUGUGUGGUGGUGAUGAUGGUCAGUGGGCGGUGGUGGUGUGGUGACGGUGCGGUAUGAGUGAAAGGGAAGCUUGAAGUAAUGGUGAAGCUGGUAGUGCAUGGUGGGUUCAUUUUGGUGGUUGUGAUGAUGAUGGUGAUGGUGUUUGGAAUGUGGUCUGUGUGGUGGUGAUGGGGGUACGUGAACGGUGGUGGUUAUGGGGGUCCGUGGGUGGUGGUGGUUGUGGUGGUGAUGACGGUCGGUGAGCGGUGGAUAUGUACGCGUGUUAGUGGUGUUGUGUUAGCAGUGAUGGAGGUGUUUCAUAAGUGUUCAGUGGUGAUGGUGGUGGUGGAACUGGAAGGGGUGGUGGUGCUGGUGUUGGCGGAAUUGGAGUUAUUGGUAGUGGUGAUGGUGGUGGAGAUGGGAUGCUGGUGGUGGUGAAGGUGGCAAUGGUGGUGGAGGCGGAACUGGAGGUUUUGGUAGGUAAUGGUGGUGGAGAUAGGAUGCUGGUGGAGAUGGGAUGCU